UACAGACCCGUCUCUCUGUCCUUGAACCCCACUCACCUUUUACCCUAAAAAGCAGCGUUUGGUUCCUUCAUAAACCUCUCUCUCUCUUUCUCUCGCUGCACUUUGUCUAUUCAGCGAAACUUCGAUACCAGAGAGACUCUCUGUGUGUUAGUGGACACACUCUCAUCACUCAUCACUCAUCACGCACAAAACAAACAAAUAACCACUGUCUCUCUUUACUCAUUUUCUUCUUAUUUCUCUCUUAAUAACGCACACCCAAAUCUUUUAUCUAAAUAAAGCUUUCAUUUUUAUCUAAUUUAACUAAAAGGGUUCUUCAAAUGGCACCUAGUUUUGAUUGUGCUUCUAGUCUUCUUUGCACCGAGGAUACCAGUGUUUUCGAUGAUGCUGAAUAUCAGGGUACUGUUGAGGUCUACGAGGAUUCCUGGCGUCCUAGCUUCGAUCAUCGGAGGGGUCAAGAUGACUUUGGGGGUGUUGCCGAUGAGUUGCCAUUACAGAGUGAAGAGUGUUUCAGGCUGAUGUUGGAAAAGGAAUGGCAACAAUGGGUUGGUGAGGAUUACUUGAAUAGAUUUCACUUUGGGGAUUUGGAUUUUGGUGCUAGAAAUGAAGCAAUUGAUUGGAUUCUAAAGGUUGUUGCCCAUUUCGGUUUCGGUCCGUUGUGUGCUUAUCUAUCUAUUAAUUACAUGGAUCGGUUCCUUUCCGCGUAUGAAUUACCAAAGGGGCGAGUUUGGACAAUGCAAUUGUUGGCUAUAGCUUGUUUAUCUUUGGCAGCCAAAUUAGAGGAAACCGAUGUUCCUAUGAUUCUUGAUUUGCAGAUUGGUGAAUCCAAGUUUCUAUUUGAAGCUAAAACUAUUCAGAGAAUGGAGCUUCUUGUGCUAAGCACAUUGAAGUGGAGAAUGCAAUCAAUUACUCCUUUCUCAUUCAUUGAAUAUUUCCUUACUAAGAUUAAUGAUAAUGAUAAGAGUUCAUUAAGUUCUUCCAUUUCCCAAUCCACUAAACUCAUAUCGAACACCGUUAAAGGAAUUGAAUUCUUGGAAUUCAAACCAUCAGAGAUUGCAGCAGCAUUGGCUACAUAUGUUGUGGGCGAAACACAAGCAAUAGAUGCUAGCAAAUCAAUAUCUACUCUGACUCAAUACAUAGAAAAGGAGAGAUUAAUGAAGUGUGUUGAAAAGAUCGAAGCAAUGUCAUUGAACAGUGUUGUGACUGGCAAGAAUUCAAGUGCGUCUGUCCCUAGUGUGCCACAAAGUCCAAUAGGUGUGUUGGAUACAACAUUGUGUUUCAGCUACAAGAGUGAUGACACCACCAAUGGUGGUGAUGGUCCAUGUUCUUCUUCACAUAAUACUAGUCCAGAUGCUAAGAGGAGGAAGCUAAACAAAGGCUGUGAAUCAGAGCUUUUGUAGUUAUGUGGCUUUGGAAAUUUUUACCAUAUUCCAUAAGUUUACUUUUCCCCAAAAAUGGACAUUUAUGUGUGUUUUAUGGAAGGUGUCCCCUCAAUUUAAUACAAAAAAAAGAUAGCUAGAAAUAAUUAUAAAAAAAAUAUAAAUAUUUUAGAAUCAAAACUAUAUAAGGUGGGUCAUGAAUGGAAGAUGGUGAUAAAAUGAAUGGUCCAUAUGUUCAUGAGAUUGCAUGCUAUUGGCAUGAAGUGAGUGAAAUUUACCAGCUGUUGGAUAUUUUGUGCAUCUUUUAACAGUUGGAGAAAAUUUUAGGAGGGGAAUAAUAAUUAUAAAUUCAGUUUAUUAUUUAUGUAAGUAAAGUAUGAGGUUUUCAUUGUU